GUUGGCAAGACAUCGCUGGUCCAUCGCUACAUCACUGGCACCUUUCAAGCAUCCUCCAUACCAAGCACCAUCGGCGCCAGCUUCUUGACGCAGAAGCUCGUCGUGGAUGGCACAAAGGUCCGCUUGCAAUUGUGGGACACUGCAGGGCAAGAAAGGUUCAGGAGCAUGGCGCCGAUGUACUAUCGAGGGUCCAACGCCGCCGUCAUCGUCUACGACAUUACCAAUGCGGCGUCGUUUCAAGACGUCAAGACGUGGAUCGAAGAGCUGAGAAAGAAUGUGACCUCAGACCUCAUCAUUCACGUCGUUGGCUCCAAGCUGGACUUGGCUCCUGCGCACCGGGAAGUCUACCUGGACGAGGCU